CGGCACCUUCGGCCGGAUGUGCCCGGACGAAACAAGGGUCCGGCGCCGAAUUAUGUUUCAUUUCCCAACCAGGCUCCCUCUUCAACAUUCUUGCGCCAAAAGCUAGAAGCCAUUGACACAGAAAAACACCAUAAUCUUGCCCCAAUUGCUUGCUUGUAUUAUAUCACCCGUUGCUUGACUCGUUCUCGUUCACAAAAUGGCACAAAAAGCAGCUCGCGACUGGAUAUACCUGGUCAUAAUCUCACUCCAACUCAUCGGCAUGAUCUGUCUCGAAUUCACCGAAUUCUACCCUGAUUCAAUCUAUUCUGCACCCAAUGCCCCUCUCCACUUUCUAGUCAACGUCAAAGAGCAGUACCUCUCCUUCUCAGGAGAUCCCUUCUUUGGGGACAAGUUCCACGGAGCCUGGUUCCGCAGCAUGUUCUUCAUUGAGAUAUUUGUCCAGUUCCCUCUCGCCAUUUACAUCGUGAGGAACCUCGCUGCGAAAAAGCCUUCAUCUGGACCUGCUGAGCUCGCUGGGCUGGCGUAUGGUUGCUUGACGGCUAUGAGCUCUGUAGCUUGUGUUGCUGAGCUGUUGGAGAUGGGGCCUGAGUUGGUGAGCGAGGAGCAUAAGAGGAACUUGGUCUGGGGGACGUACUUCCCUUAUGCGCUUAUUCCUGGCGCUAUGGCUGUUGAUAUGUACGCACGACUGUUGCGCCGUGUGAGCACUGAUACCAAGCCCAAGACACAGUAGAGAACACAAUCACGAAACGGCACUUUUAUGACAGAUAGUCAAUGUGGACUGUUGCCUCUGGCUUUUCCCAUUACUGUUCUACAUUGCAAGAAUCCCACAUCCAUCCCUGACUCCAUAAAUGCACUGUACAUAUGAACCUGGACUUCAGUCCAUUCUCUUAUUCUG